UUGGGAAAAGGAGUGAGUAUGGACAACCUUUCUGACUUCGGGGGCCCCUGUCCAUCCAGCCGCAGAGAAUGGGACUCCAACAGCUGCGUGGACGAUUUAAUGGAUGAAGAUGAGAAAGACAGGGCAAAAAGGGCAUCUCGCAACAAAUCGGAAAAGAAAAGAAGAGACCAAUUCAAUGUGCUCAUCAAGGAGCUAUGCACCAUGCUGCAGGGUCAAGGCCAUCCGCGCAAGAUGGACAAGUCCACCAUACUGCAGAGGACUAUUGACUUCCUGCAGAAACAGAAAGACAUCACUGCACAGAACGAAACGUGUGAUGUGAAACAGGACUGGAAGCCUUCGUUCCUCAGUAACGAGGAGUUCACUCAGCUAAUGCUGGAGGCCCUAGAUGGUUUCCUGAUAGCAUUAACUACAGAUGGCAACAUCAUGUACGUAUCUGACAGUGUGUCUUCACUCAUUGGCCAUUUACCGUCAGAUAUGGUGGACCAAAAUAUCUUGAAUUUCCUCCCGGAGCGGGAACACGGGGAGGUGUAUAAGCUGCUAUCAUCCCACAUGCUGAUGACUGACCCCAUUGCUGCUGACUUCCUUGACAGCGAGGCACAUAUUGAAUUUUGCUGUCAUCUAGCCAGAGGUAACAUUGACCCAAAGGAACCGCCUGUGUACGAGUACGUCAAGUUUGUUGGAGAUUUCAAGUUUCAUAACAAUGUGCCUACAUCUUCUUGUAACGGGCUCGAUUUGGCGUUGCCAAGAAGCCUUCAGUCAUCGCUGGAGGAGCAGGUCUGCCUCAUUGCUACUGUACGAUUAGUCACUCCACAGUUUCUAAAGGAUUUAUGUAAUGUGGAAGAUCCCUGUAAUGAAUUCACAUCCAGACACAGCCUUGAAUGGAAGUUCCUGUUUUUGGACCACAGAGCUUCACCAAUCAUAGGAUAUUUACCCUUUGAGGUUCUUGGAACUUCUGGCUAUGAUUACUAUCAUGUGGACGACUUGGAGCUUAUAGCUCAGUGUCAUAAGCAGCUAAUGCAGUUUGGAAAGGGUAAAUCCUGCUACUAUCGCUUCCUGACCAAAGGGCAGCAGUGGAUUUGGUUGCAGACUCACUACUACAUCACUUACCACCAGUGGAACUCCAAACCGGAGUUCAUUGUCUGUACUCACACUGUUGUCAGUUAUGCUGAAGUGCGAGCUGAGAGAAGGAGAGCGUUUGGCUUUGAGGAGCUGUCUCCACCCGAGAUAGCUCCCUCUUCAGUGAAGGCUCAGGAGCUGUACUUGGACAUCUGCUCUACGCUGAACCCUCCGCGGGACAGAAACAGCGGCGCACGUUCGGUAUCCUCCCACAGCUCCCGGAAGUCCUCCCACACGGCGAUGUCGGACUCUGCAUCAGCUAACUCCUACACAGAGGCCUGCACGCCAUCAUGGCAGUCUGCUUCCGUUGGGACGGAGAAGACAUCUGCCAGACUCCAGCCUAGUAGUUCAAAGAAGUUGGCAAAAAGACAAAAUUCCUUUGACCUCGUUCCCCAGCUGAGCCGCCCCCUUUCUCCUACCUGCAGCAAGCACUCCGCAAUGCAACAGCAAACACAGCAAACGCAGCAGCAGCAGCAGCAGCAGCAGCAGUCGUCGUCGCCCAUGUAUCCGCAGCAGCAGCAGCCUCAGCUCUGUGUAAUGAACCAGCUGAAGGAGCAGCUGGAGGAGAGGACGCGCAUUCUGCAAGCUGACAUUAAGACGCAGCAGCAGGAGCUGCACGACAUUAAGGAGAAGCUUCACCUCGCUAAUCUCCAGAUGUUGUUACAGCAGCCUAUCCAAAAUGACUUUGGCCAGGCCCAGCAGCAGCAGCAGCAGCAGCAGCAGCAGCAGUCCCAGCAGCAGCAGGGAUCAGGCAGGGCGGCCCAGCAGAGCCAGCCGGGGUUAAUCAGGCAGCACUCAGGCCACACUAAACCACGGUCCUGUGGGGCCCACAAUUCCUCCCCUCACUCACUCCUGAGAGAGAACGGUUCACCCUCAACACAGGUCCAGCAGAGGAUUGCACGGAGCGGGCAGGCCCAGUCGGUGAGCGUACCCAUGCAGACGAACACGAGCGUGACGAUGCCCUUCUACAGCAACCCCAUGAUGUUCUCUCAGACCAACACGAGGUCUCUGCAGGAUGCAAACCAAAGACACACAGACGGCGAGUUCAACCAAGACGGACAACUACGCAUGCUCCUCAACCAGCCAAUGCAGACGCUGGUUCCAACGAGCAGUGUCACCUCGCAGCCUUCCCAGUGCAACAUGGGCAUCUCCCAAACCAUAUACACCUUGGAGCAGCAGAUCAUCGCCCCGUCGUUCUCCAUGCAACAGGUCAACUGCAACGCCGUCCUCGUCCCCUCCCCGGUCUUCACGUCCCCCAUAAUGAUCCCACACAACAGUUUCAUCGCAAACCAGUCCCAGUCGGCCUAUCAGACUCAGCCUCAGGCUUCUCAGCACUCCCUGCAGCUACAGCAGCCCCAGCAGUUCUUUCAGAUGGCUCAAGGACUUGUACACGGUGGAUCUACUCCAGCAUUCUUACACACCACUAAUGUCCCACAGCAAAGCACUGUGGGAUACAUCCAGCAGCAGCAGCAAACACAACAACUGUCGCAAUCACAACAGCAACAGGUGCAUCAGCAACAAAGGCAAUACCAACAUUCCCAAAACCAGACUGCCAGUGUUUCAGACUUCAGAAAUAUGCUGACUCGGUAGCGCUGUGGACUG